AUGCCGACUGGAAAGUUAGCCAAAUGGCAAAUGCUGUUGAGUGAAUUCGAUAUCGUGUAUGUGACUCAGAAGCCAAAUGACCAUCUUGCGGAAAAUCCCGUGGACGAAGAAUAUGAACCACUUAAGACGUAUUUCCACGAUGAAGAAGUGUCAUUUGUGGGUGAAGAUAUAUUUGAAGAUUAUCCAAGUUGGAGAUUGUUCUUCGAUGGAGCGGCGAAUAACCAGGGUAAAGGUGUUGGAGCAGUCUUGGUAUCAGAAUCUGGUCAGCAUUAUCCUAUGGCGGCUAAACUGCGCUUCAACUGCACAAACAACAUGGUUCAAGGAGAAUGGGUUGUGAAGAACCCAAAGUUUGUACCUUACGUGCAGUAUGUGCAAAAUCUAUGUAAAAGGUUUCGCAAGAUCGAGUUCAGACAUACUCCCAGAAUACAGAAUGAAUUAGCUGAUGCUCUUGCCACCAUUUCUUCAAUGAUCAAACAUCCGGACACUGAUUACAUCAACCCGCUAGAUAUAGACUUGAAGGAGCAUCCAUUCCAUUGUUCACAUGUUGAAUCAGAACCAGAUGGUUUUCCUUGGUAUUUUGACAUAAAGAGAUACUUGGAGUCUGGGACAUAUCCAGAAGACGCUACAUCUAAUCAGAAGAAGUCAAUACGUCGUAUGGCUCUCAAUUUCUUUCUGAAUGGAGAAAUCCUGUAUAGGAGGACUCCAGGUUUGGGUUUGUUAAGAUGCGUGGAUGCUGCUGAAGCUGUGAGGCUUAUUAAACAGAUACAUGCUGGAGUUUGUGAAGCCGCCAACAAGAACAUCAAAAAGAUUUUGAGGAAAAUGAUUGACAAACAACAGGGUUGGCAUGAACUAUUGCCGUAUGCUCUACUAGGUUAUCGAACAACGGUUAGAACAUCGACUGGGGCCACUCCAUACUUGCUAGUAUAUGGAACAGAAGCAGUCGUACCUGUUGAAGUCGAGAUAACGUCAUUGAGGAUCAUCCAAGAAGCUGAGUUAAGCAACGCUGAGUAG